AACGUGGUAUCUAAACGAUUAAUACCAUCAGUUCUUGCAGUACCAACAGACCAUACAAACCUGUGCAGCUUUGUGGAUAUUUAGCAGGAUUAAAACACAGAACACAGAAAGGAUAUACAAACGGUUUAAGCUAUUUUGAACAAAUUGUUACCAGGAUUACCGUUAACCAUGGCUAAAAUCGGUGCAGCAUGUGUUCUGCUGGUUUGUCUGUGGCUCAGAGCGAGCUCUGCCCUACCAGCUUUUGAAGAUGACCGGGAUUUGGAUAAAGAACUCUAUAUUCGUCAGCUUGCCGAAUGGCUUGCUGAUCAGUCGACGGAUUUUCUGAACGAUCUGACCAACUUCCCACCUUGUAGACCGUGUAGCUACGAACACAGGCAGCCCAUAGCCGUCGUCCCGAGGGCAACGUACGCAAAACGUAACUCCGAGCUAAUAAACUCGCUUCUAAGCCUUCCGAAAACGAUGAACGAUGCCGGCAAGUAAAGUGGCCACUAGGCCACAUGGAAAGGAGGCUUACUGCCUGUCGGAAGAUUUACUCGAUGGAGCAAUGCAAAUGAUACGAACAGUACUAUCAUCAUAUCCUUCCUUUCAUCGGUGCAUACGACGUGGGAACGAUUUCUUUUUUUCCAACAACCCGUAACGAAGUGUUAAAACAGUUUUCUUCCCAACCUUUUUGUUCCGUUCCAUCUCAAUACAUGCCGAACUUAUUACUGGGGACCAUAGAAACAUAACAAAAAAUUGAUGAAAAAAAAAACAAUCCAUAUUGAUGUUACCGGAGAGUUGAUGGUGAAAUAUAAGUGAUUUGCUUCUACUACUACCUAACCUAAUCACUAACUCAUCACUACUAUCUAUAAAACAUACUGAUAUCCGCAACACGCUAAUAAGAGCGAUGCGUUCGUUUAUCCUUUUGCUUUUGCAGCGAUUUCGCGUGGACACACACAGAGAGAGAGAGAGAACGUUGUUUGUAAAAAUAAUAAUAAAAAAAGAACGAUGGUUACAGUUGAA